AUGGCCGAUGCAACACCCGACGAUCUGUGGACACCGUACAAAUGCUUGCUGAACAACGUUGAAAAUUAUCUACUCCCAUCGACCGAUUUCACCGAUACGUCCCAUGCCGCUAGCUUGGAAUCGUUGCUUCGAAAGCACAAGCAGAACUUCAUUUCACUGUUGAAAAAUCCACCCAAAAAUGCGAAAUGUCGCGAAGCGAUCAAACAGGGCAUUACCGAGGGUAUUACGUUGCCCGAGUUUGGCCACACAAUCCUGUCCAAAGAGCUGGUCGACGAAAGUAUCAUCAUAUCGGAUAUGUUCGACAUGAACGAGUAUGUGGCGCUAGAGCUGCUGUGCACCUCCCAGCAGCAAACCAUAAACCAUCCGGGUUUGACUCGUGGACUGGUGGCGGUGUUGCUGUAUUACGAUGGACGGAAAUCACUCGUGGCCAGCUUGAAGCAGCUGCUUAAAUCGCGCGCCGGUGUGUCAUGGUGUACGGAUGCACCGCCCGAGGUGACGCAAAUCGUGACCAGCUACACCGACGGUUUAGUUGCGGACGGUCUGCUCGAACGCAUCAUCGAUUUGCUGCAGGAGCUAGACAUUACGAAGGAGCUCGACAUUCUGACGACGAAUCGUGCGCUUGGCCCGCCUCGACACCAUCGCCAAGUGUUGGAUUUGUUUGAGGAAAUAAGGUUCUUGCUGGCCCAGUGCAUCUACUAUUAUGCCGCUCAGUCCGGCUUGCCGCGAAAUGCAACGAUGAAGUUGGUGCAGUAUUUACGCAGCUACAAGUGCACCGAAUCGAGCGGUGGAAUCGAUGAUGUUACGGUGACAUUACAGAUGGGAUUACUAUACGCACUGGAUUUAAGCGUACUACAGCGAAGGGAAGAUGGCGAAGAGUUGGUCAGAAAGCUGCCCAUGAUCAAAGACGAUCUUUACAUCGAUUUCCUCAUGGAUGCACUUUCGACCGGUUGGGAAAACGAUGGCCUGCACGCGUUAACACUAUUCGCGUUCGGCCUGUCGAUUGCCACACUUCGGCUGGCGCCACAAACGCUCGUGCAAGAUGCAUCCAAAAUGAUCGAUCAAGACGAACUGCUCGUCAACGGUGCCCUCCAGGGAAAGGUUUUCGAUUUCAUGUACUACACGUUCCUCGAAAGUGAACUCAUAUUCGAUACGGAGUUCUUCUACCGUCGUCUGCAUACGCUGUUUGCUGAUUUCAUCGAACUGAUGCACUCAAAGGUGACGGAACUUCGGGGCCGAGCUGAUGAAACGGCACGUACGGUGCAGGUCUACCAGCAGCAGGGAAUCGAACCACCGACGAAUCUCUGUCGGAACUUUGAAAUGUUGCUGCUGUCGGUGGGAAAACUCUACGCUAACGACCGUCAGCAUUUGAACCUCAGCAUGGAGUACUGGGGUCCGACCGAGUCCGCCCAUAGCUUCUCGGGACACCGUAUUUCGUCACGAUCGGUGUGUUUGUUUAAGUUCAUCCGGCUAGCAGGUGAAUUGCUGCCACCAACGCUGUUUAUUCCCUACCUCAAAAUGCUGGCCGGUCUGAGCUGCAAUCUGCAAGCAGCACGCAGUGCGUUCAACCUCCUGAAACAGGGUAGUGCCUAUUCCGGCAGCAGCACAGUUUCGUGGGACCACUUUUUCAAUUCUCUCAGCGAGUACUACUUCAAUCUCCGACAGGAGCAGAAUCCACAAUCCGAGACAGUCUACCGGAAUCGAAUGAUUUGUCGAAGCAUUAGCCCGCAGGAACUGCUCGGACUGCAGGCUGUUUUGCAGGUAGUGCAAGCGGUCGCCCGUCACGACGAACUGUCUCGCAUUGCUCUGUGCGAAAGCGACAAAUGGGCACCGUUGAACGUGCUGGUGGGACUCAUCAGCUGUUCCGUUCCGAUUCAGCUAAAAGCGGAAAUCGUCCGUACGCUAGCCACAUUGGCGGGAAGCUUGGAGAAUGCUAUCAAGCUUUGGCACAAUCUGGAAGAUUCGCAGAUCAUCAACACGGUACCGUCGACGAGCAAUUUUAAAACGCGUGGUGUAAUUUCCGAGCUGGAGGAAGUUGAAAGCCGCAACGAAACGUUCCCACUUACGCAGGCCAUGCUGGAUUUGCUCGCUGCACUUAUGAGCACGGCCAUUCCGGAUGACCUCGGCGAAGGUUCACGAGCUCCCGGCAUACAUCCAUACCUAUCUUACGUGGUGAAUACCGUACUGUUGCGACUGUUUAGCAGGAAUUACAAGGACGGAGCGGAAAAAUGGCAACUAGCUCAAAAGUCUCUCCAGAUCGUGCAUAUGUUUGUAAACAGCUUUCACUUCAAUCCGGCCAAUGCAAACCUGAUGAAGGAGCUGAAAGAAGGACGAACACCUCCGGCGUACCGCAUUAUGCUGCAGCUCAACACAAAAUCGGACUUGCUGCGUUUCGUACUUCACAUCGUCGAUGAGUCAAUUGUGUGUUUCGAUUCCUACACACCGUUCCCCGGGAAAGGUGCUCUCGAGGCCGCCUCCCUGCUUUGUCUGCAAAUCAUAGAAAAGGCACUGAACCUGCAGGAAGAAUUUUUCAACAUGCACCUCUGCACACCAAGCCCGGUGAAUCUGAACGGCAUCAACAAACUGUUGCUCGGUGUGAAUCCACGCAGCGGUACGGCCAAUCACAUGCUGAACAUUAUGAAGCACAUUACCUACAGCACGUGGCUGCCGGAGAACAGUUUGGUAGCGUUACGCAUCCUUUCCAUCAUUAUGACCCUACCGGACGUUAACCAGCUCAUUCUCGGCCUGGUUACACAGACGGACGAGCUGAAGAACGAAAUAAGGCAAGGGUUCGUCGAGUGUUUGGAGGCGGAUUUAAAUGUCACGGAAGAAGCGGAACCUUUGCCGUUGAUGGAACAGACGAACGAAGCGGCCUUGAUAUUAGGUGGCGGAGCAAUGGAAGAGGAAAUAUCAACCAAAUCUUCUACAACGGAAACCUUCGUAACGACGAGCAUUAAGACUGCUGUAAUACAAAUAAUUCAGGAGUGCUUACAGCAACCGAUUGUUCCGAAUCUGGCCCACUAUCUGUUAGGGUUUGAUCUUGGAAAGGAUCUGCAUCUGACCAGUCUGCAACAACCGGGUAUAAUGAAUUUCCCAAGCCAUUGUUCGAAAUCGCUCAUCACUUUGCUCGAUCGGCAUUUAGAGCACAUCAAAAGUGGUAAUGUACUUUCGACCAGCUACAACAAGCUAAUGGAGUACGCGUAUCGAUUGUUGUACCAGAUUUGUCGCAACUACCACACGUCGGAGGUGUUUCUACGCUUUUUGCGCUCUUGCAACGAUUUCCUCUGUCGGCACACGUCAUCACUGCCCUUUCCGGAUGCGAAAAAUCCCUUCCUGCUGAACCAGAUGACGUUCCUGCUGAAGUCGAUCGUAAUCGAGCUGAAGCUAACGAGUGAGCGGAAUCAAGCAACGCAGUUUGAAACGAUUUGUAAAAUACUGCUCAAAAUUAUAAACUCUCCAUCGGUCGACCCGGUCACGACGGGUCUGGGCGAUUACUACACCAACGCCAAUAUGAGCUUCUCGAUUAAUGGUACAACCGAUCUUUCAACGACUUCGAUCGCUGCCACGAAGGAAUCGAGUGAAACGGCCAAACGAUUGCUCUGCAUUUUGCUCGAUUGUGUCGAUUUCACGAUCAAACAGCUGGAAGAACCCACGUGGAACUAUUUCAACGUGACGGUCCUUCAUGAGUUGCUGCAAAGCUGCGAAAUGCCCGCGUCUCAAAAGACCCGGAUGCGGCUGAUCGAUACUCGCAAAUUGCAUGACAUUCUGCGCGAUGAGCUCGAUUCGGUACAGACAAUCGCUACCGGCCAGCGGGCGCAUGUCGUGCAGGAAGUGAAAACGAUCCUAAAAUACGCACUGGAUAUGAACACACAACGCAGCCUCUGCUCCUCUACAAUAAAAUUCCUGGAAGCAUGGGGUCAGGUGGCGGAGGUGCUUGUUUGCGUUACCCCCACCAUGAUCAUGUCACUCGACACGAAGCAGAUUAUCAUCACGGAAAUCUUACAGAUCAUGCUCAGCAAAGCGGUCCCGAAACAGAUCAUCCCGGAGCUGGCAAACAUUGCUUCCUCGACCAUCUCGCUGUUGAUGGUGAAUUUGAGAAGCUGCUUUCUGCUCAAAUCGGAACAGAUGUCGCUGCACAUGAUAUCGGAAAGGCAUCAGAAUGCUAGCAUGAAUGGGUUGAGUCUCACGGCGGUCGGUACGAGAAAUGGCCUAAACGGUGAAACGAAUAAUAGCGCCCAGAGCCGGCAGGAUGGUGGUACGUACGUCUAUCUGGAGCGUGCCAAUGCGCUUAGCUUGAAGUUUAUCCUGAAAAACAUUCUCGAUUGGUUGCUGAUCAGUAGUGAUGGAUCGCCACAGUUGAAGAUGAAUCUGUACGUAGCGCUGCUGAACUACUUGUACAUCAUCAAGGGCAAUCGGGACAGUUUGGAGCGCAGCCAGAAGCUGGAGAACGAUAAGGAAGAAGUGGGAUCGUUCCUAAACCAAACCAUCAGCAAUGCGGGACGAAAACCGUUCGGCACGGAAACGGAGGAUUACAAACACUUGACGAUGAUUAUGGACAUCUUCAACUCGUUCGGUGAUAAUCUGACCGACGUCAUAUGCCAAGAUUGUACGACCGGGCAUGAUAUCUGUAAAAUGUUAGCCAUGUCCUGUCUCGACAUGCUGCUCAGUAUGGAUGCAUCGAUCGACAUCGUGGAGUUUAUCGCCCGUCACGGGUAUCUGUCGCACAUCAUCAAUAGUUUGCUGAAGCGAGACAGUGAUCUAUGCCGAAUUCUGCAGACCAAUCCCAACACCUUCCGGGCGCUGUAUGUAUACGAGUCGAAGAUGGCACUGCUGACACGUUUUGCUCGGUGCCAGAUCGGUGCCCGCAUGCUGCUCGAGGAACACAUCCUGGGUGUGUUGGGCAGCAUGAAGGUGUACGAUCUUCAUCCCGAUGUGCAGAUCCUGAGUGGUGGCAACAUCCAGCAACAGUCGUACGCUUCCGCAAUGGCCGUAGCUGCUGCAGCUGCAUCCGCCUCGUUAUCAUCCUCUUUCAUCCCACCGGUUGAGGCCCGAUUCCAGCAGAUUCUGUUUCCCGCGCUUAACCUCUGCGACGCUAUCCUAUCGACGCUGGGACACGAAAACAAUUCUGCCCUCAGCCAGAUCAUACACUUCUUCCUUUCCCACAGUGAUAUGAUUGAAACGGUACUGCGAGCAGGGUCGCCGAGUAUGAAUUUGGGUCUGCUGAAAGAGCUCGCUGGUAUAACGAACCUGAUCGCUCGAUCAGCAAAUCAGGAAAUUUACGAACUAACCGAUCCAAACGCAAAUCAAGCCUUCGGCAUGCAGCUGUACCGAAUGCAAAAGUUCAUGUUGGCCCUGCUGCCCCGAUUCAUCGUAUCGGAGCAGAACCUGAAAGAGCUACAUCAGAGCAGUAUGAUCGUGCAUCCGUACGGUAGCGGUGGCAUGGGUAUUAGUAGCAGCGUUAACUUUGGCAGUGCGCUCAACAACAACACCGCGAGUGGACAUGAUCAAAAGCAACGCUCCCAGUACGUGAAAUACUUUCUCGAGGUGGCGGCUAAUCUUGCCCUAUAUACGCGCAACUGCAUCUCGAACCAUGUGGUUGAUCAUCGAACGAUUAAUGUACUGUUUUCGCCACACUACAAUCCGGACGGAUCGACAGCAGCGGGUACUGCUGGUUCAACACCAACAAAAGCGACUGCACCCACAUCGUUGGCAUUAAUACGCCAGGAAACGUUCCGUUCGGCUACGGAGACAUCUUCGUCGGAUGUACCACACAGUCUGUACGUGGUUAUUACGCAGCUUCGUUGUACGGUGGAGUUUUAUCACAAGGAGCGUAGUGUACUGGAAAGCCUACAGCAACAACGCAACUCACUGCCAAGUAUCGACUUAGAUAAAAAUAUUCAAUUACAAUAUAAUUUGCUGACCGAGCGUGUAAAUGGGAAACAGGAGGAAUUGCAGCGUAGUGUUUUCAUUAUCGAACACUACCUGUACAUUCUGUGGGCCCAUCUGGACUUCUUCAUGUUGCGCGUUUUGCCCGUGAAUAAUCGCGUCGGAAGCUCAACAUUUACGGGACACAACUUCCAAUCCGACCAAACCGAUUCCAGCUGGCGUGUGUCAAACGAAGACAUCAUCGCAUUGAAAAAGACCCUUAUCGGUGUGUUUAACGAAACGUUCUGCAAACAGCUGAUCGAGAUGGAACAGAAACAAUCCGAGAAGGGUUUUGUGGUAUCAUUUAUUAGACGAAUUAAACAAUCCAUACAGUUUGUGCCAGUAAAGUGAGCAACGGGAUGUCGGUGUAGAAUUUAAAAUGACUAUUUGAUAAAGUUUUUUUCACCACUCCUACCCGCUGAUAAGAAUCGCCUCAAUUAGCGAAAAUGUAUGUGCAUAAGUAAAUAAAAUUUGGAAUAAUUAUGG